CAACACUACAAAUCUAUUACAUUUAUUGAGUUGAGAUGGUAGGUUGAUGAAGUAUUGCUGCAGAUAAGAUUUAAUUUAAGGGCGACUGUCCAAUAGCAUGUCAGCUGAUUUUCUGGUACCUGGAGAAAGCGUUGUCAAGGAAAGAUGGAAAAUUACCAAGAAAAUUGGAGGUGGGGGAUUCGGUGAAAUUUACCAGGGGAAAGAUCUUUUUAACCACCAUGACUUGGUGGCAUUGAAACUUGAAUCCUCUCAAACUCCAAAACAAGUCUUAAAGAUGGAAGUUGCUGUUCUCAAGAAACUGCAAGGUUACGACAAUGUAUGCAACUUCAUUGCAUGUGGAAGAAAUGAUGUGUACAAUUACGUUGUUAUGUCACUUGUGGGAAGAAACCUUGCUGAUUUAAGACGUUCUAUGCCUCAGGGUUGUUUUUCGCUAAGUACAGCACUCAGACUCACUGUACAGAUGUUAGCUGGGAUCAAAGCUAUCCACACUGUGGGUUUCUUGCACCGUGACAUCAAACCGUCUAACUUCGCAAUGGGGAAGCAAGGAGCCUCAACUAGAAAGUGUUACAUGUUGGAUUUUGGGUUAGCACGGCAGUUCCUGACAGCUUCAGGGGAGUUACGACCUCCACGUCCUGUAGCUGGGUUUAGAGGGACAGUGCGUUACGCGUCCUUCAACGCGCACAAGAGCAAGGAACUGGGUAGACACGACGAUCUGUGGUCCCUGAUCUACAUGAUGAUAGAAUUCCUUACUGGUAAUUUACCGUGGAGGAAAAUCAAGGAGAAGGAGCAUGUCGGCGACAUGAAAAUUAACUGUGACAUGUACGGAUUGAUAAAGAAACUUCCUCCAGAAUUCAAGCUGAUCUUGGAUUACGUCAAGACUUUAGACUACUACCAGCUGCCCAACUAUAAGCAAAUCGAACAGUGGUGUAAAGCGCCGAUAAAACGGAAACACGUACGAGAAAGUGACCCAUACGAUUGGGAGAAAGGUUGCGGGGACGGAAGUCUCACCACCACCACGACCACUACUCCCAACUUGGUGCCUGAUAAUGUUAAGGAGAAAUGUAACUCCCCCUUCACCGGCUCUCCUGUGGAGCUGGGCAGUGGAGAAAAGGACGGGGAAUCGGAUGGGAAGGAGAACAAGAGAAAGGACAGACGUGAGCGGGAUGCGGGCGACGCUCACCGCCCGCCCAUGCAUCCUGACUCUAAAGUUCGGAACAAACAAGCAAGACGAACCGACCAAAACGGCAAACAUUCAAAUUAUAAAAAUUCUCAAGCCUCAAUAUACAAGCCUUCUGACGCUGAGCACAUCGACAAGGCAGACGCCAGCUGCACAAAAUUCAUCAACGAACCAGACAUGGAUUCAGAACAAUCGGGCGACCACGUCCUGAACCUUCAGAACAUCGAACUGGAGGAAGCGGGCGUCGCUAACCACGGUAAAUAUCCAAAGCACGGUCACCAAGUGGCACAGCACGCUGCUACUGGGGUGGCACAGCACGCUGCUACUGGGGUCGAUCAUACCGACCUCCGCAAACAAUCUAAUGUCGAUCUUGAUAAGCUUAUGAACGAGAUUGAUUCCCUUAAAGUAGCCAUUUGUGACAUGAAGGACAAGAGACGAGACUCUAGGGUCGUCUCGGAUGAAAAAUCUCGCAGUAAUUCUUCCGGGGACAAGAAGAGCGACAGUUCCUCUCGGAAGAGAAGGAAAAGCAAAGAACGGAAGAAAAGCAGUGAGCAUGCCGAGCAAAGAAGGACUAUAUUGUUUGAGGGUGCCGGCACUUCAAACGGCACAUCCUCCGCCCUGCACAGAUCUGGUGCGGGUGGUGACUUCGCUCCGAAGCUCGCCCCCCACCGGGCACUUGUAAGCACUGAAUCUAACAACUCGUCGUGUGACAAUCCCGUGAUACACUUAUACCCUCAGCCUCCACCCGGAAGAGCGGCAAGGAUAUGCGUAACGGCUAGCUCCCGCCUCCCAUACCACGUAUCUGGACGCAUUAGGCGACGAAGAUAUAUAGUUCCUUCCCAGAGUUCGGUUACUGACGAAAGGUGAAACCACGCACCCGCAACCACUGCCUCAGACUAAAACCACGCGUUAUUUUGAUGACGUCACGUGAUAUUGAUGACGUCACGUGAUAUUGAUGACGUCACAUGGAUGAUAGGUCUGCUGGUGACUCAGAGAUGUUCAUGAUGAGUCUGCUCAGAUUGAUGAAUUAUAACGAUGUUGUAUAUUUAAUUUUGUACAUGUUUUUUGCUAAUAUAUCAUAAUAUUUGCUAAUGAUAUAUAUGAAGUUAAAUUAUUAAUGAGAGCCCCCCGGACUGUAUUUAAUGUUUGCCGCCUUGUUUUUGUUUUUUAUUGCUGCUCUUGGAAGUUAAAGCUUUUUUUCUGUGACUGCCUAGCUGUAAAUAUAUAAUACUGUAGGAACCAAAAGUUAAAUGUAAAUUUUUGGCUUAAUUAAGGUAGAAAAUUAAAUUUACGCCUUUUGAGAGAACCUGUUAUGAGUAAAAUUUAAUUUUCUACAUGAAUUAUUGUGAUUUUAUGAUUAUAGUAUUGAGGGUAAAUUAGUGUACUACUCUAGUACUAGUAGAGGAUAUUCGCUUAGCCGAGCAGUAAAUUUGGGAUUUAACAAUCGUAAAACCAAUGCAAUCAAAUUAUUGCAUUCUUCAUCAUUCCUUAAAAUAUACCCAAAUUUCGACAUUAAUCCCGAAAAUUGAUUGAUCAUAAUUUUAAUCAAAUAGUAUGCUGGAUAAAUUAAUCAUUCGUCCUGUUGCUAAAAGUAAAGAAUUUCCAUUUAUUUCAAAAAGAUUCAUGGCUGAGGAACUGUUUGGCUAAUUUUAUAUGUAAAUAAAUUCUUGAUGAAAACCAUUUUGUAAAUAUUAUAAUGAUGCAUACAUAAAGAUCUAUAAAUAAUUUAUUUGAGAUUUAUUUUAUCAGAUGCCUGUUAAAAAUGGUCGGAAUGAGGUUCUUAUAUUAUGCCUUUGCCCUUUCUUGACAUCCGACUCAAGGCUGCAAUAUAUUUUCCUGUCACAAUAAUAUAUGAUAUUAUAAUUAUAACAACAACAAAAUAAUAACAAUCACAACUAACUAUACAGUAGUCGUAUUACAAUGCUACCUUAAGACCGACAAAUUUAGUCUACCAUAAAUUAAGGCAAACUUUUGACUAAAAUUGUUGUAAACCAAAUUUCAUGAGACUAAAUUUUUCGUCGACUAAUUUUAAA